UACCGAUUUCACUCGGUUCCAGUCUCGGUUUGCAUGUCACUCCAGGCGCUAUUUCUCAAAGCUAUAGAAGCACGUACGCUGCCGCUUCAUGGAUCAGAGCACCUAAGUUUUGAUUAUCAUGCUUGCAGAUAUCAGGCCUUCCCUUCACGUGCCCUCUCCUUGAUUAAACCCAUGUUAUCUGAGCAAACUGUGGACGCCUAUCUCUGGUCGCAUGCGGCAGAACGUUUGUCUAUCGAUUGA